AACGUUGCUAACUUGGCGCUGGUAAAUUGUCAUCAAUCUUUUAUAAUCCCAACAAAAUUUGUUUUUGUUAUUUUGCUUAGAAAGCUUUCUAAUGUAGGUAUUGAUGAAGUUGUGUCUCUCACAAAAGUAUUAAAAUACUGGAAAUACUGAAAAGAUGAAUAAUAACAAUCCGAAUAUAAUAUUUCAUCCUAUCAUUAGCGCUAUACAAAAAGUAGUGCUCUACGAAACAAAGACACGUCUUUAUUUAGUGGGCAGUAACAAUCGAGAAACUCGAUUUCGUUUAUUGAGUAUUGAUCGCACAAAACAGGAUCACCUGCCAAUUGAGGAGAAUCCCAAUGAGUUGACUGCACAUGAGAUCAGACGUUUCUUGGGUUCCUUAGGCGGUGCACCCAAAAUUAUAUCAGCGUACGGCGUUUUGGGUUUCGUGCGAUUUUUGGAAGGUUACUACUUGAUACUUGUGACAAAACGAAAAUGUUGUGCACACAUUGGUAUGCACCUCAUUUACACCAUCAAGGACACGGUUAUGGUGCGUGUAAACGAAGCAACGCUAAAAACGCCCCACCCGUUCGAGGAGCGCUAUAAAAAAAUGUUCCAAAAUAUAGAUUUACGUAGCAAUUUUUAUUUUUCCUAUUCUUAUGAUUUGACACGCACAUUGCAAUUCAACGAAUCAGCGCCGCGUUUUGUUGGACCGGGCGUUGAUAUAGAAAAAGAUGAACCGUUGCCUGAUUGGAAUGUAUUGACUAAUAAUGUCCAAGCAGCAAAUGAACGUGUCGAUUAUGCGUUUCGUAGUUGUUCACGUAAACGUUUCGUCUGGAAUUCAUUCUUGCUGCAAAGCAUGAAAGAUAUAAUGCUAAAGGAUUGGCUACUGGAAGUGACACAUGGCUAUGUGUCACAAUCAAGCAUAAGCAUAUUUGGUCGUCAUGUCAAUGUUUGCUUAAUAGCACGUAGAAGUACUCGAUUUGCAGGCACACGGUUUUUAAAACGCGGUGCAAAUUUUCAGGGCGAUGUGGCUAAUGAAGUAGAAACUGAACAGAUUGUUACUGAUGGUCUGCGUAUGUGUUCUUUUACGCAAAUGCGUGGUUCUGUACCUUCACAUUGGUCACAGGAUAUCAGUAAAAUGGUACCUAAACCACCCAUACAGUUGGAUAUUUGCGAUCCAUAUGCGCAGACACCAUCACGACAUUUUGAACGUUUGCUAUUCCAUUAUGGUGCGCCUAUUAUAAUGUUGAAUCUGGUUAAAAAGCGUGAAAAACGUAAACACGAGUCUAUUAUUUCCAAGGAAUUAGUGAACAGUAUACGUUAUCUCAACACAUUUUUGCCACCACACCAUCGCAUGAAACACAUACACUUUGAUAUGGCACGUAAGAGUCGUGGUGGUGGCAAUGUCAUGGAAAUGUUAGCCGACAUUGCAGAGAGUGUAGUGCAGCAGACGGGCAUGUUUUUUAAAGCACCUGGCAGUGAGCGAAUGUACCAAACUGGUAUUGUGCGCACAAAUUGCGUUGAUUGUUUAGAUCGUACGAAUACGGCUCAGUUUGCUAUUGGCAAAUGUGUGCUAGGGCAUCAACUGGAUUAUUUAGGUUUUCUUAAAUCUGCAAAAUUGGAGUUUGAUUCCGAUUGUGUAACGAUGCUGGAAAAUUUGUACGAGGAACAUGGUGAUACGUUAGCUCUACAAUAUGGAGGCUCUCAGCUUGUACAUCGCAUUAAAACUUAUAGAAAAACCGCGGCAUGGGCAUCGCAAGGCAAUGACAUAAUGCAAACACUCAGUCGUUAUUAUAGCAACACAUUUAGUGAUACAGAAAAACAACACAGCAUAAAUCUCUUCUUGGGCUAUUACAUACCUAGCAAGAGCCAUGCAAAAGAAAAUCAACCAAUUUGGGAAUUACAAACAGAUUAUUAUAUGCACAACACCUAUGAGUUCCCAUCGGCAAGCGAUGAAAAGAAACCCAUAACAGAUUGGGUGCGUGUAAAAGUUCGUGCUUGCUUGCCUUUUUCGUGCUCUGAAACAAAUAAAAUUGUUAAGGAACUGUUUCGUGUUCACUCCAAAGAUCUCGAAAUGAUCGAUGCUUAUUCCAAUUACCAUCAAUCGUUUAAGUGGACUGACUGUAAUGAACAUAUAUCAUUCGAAAUUAGCCAAUUAGCUUUGAGGUAUAUGCCUACCCUACGCACUAACUAUAGCCCAUUUCAGCGGCAAAUACAAGAACGUAAAACACGUAAAAAUCCAUCAAUGACAGGCCAAAGUUCUACCAGUUCAAUGAAUAGUAACUCCUCCAGUUCCACUUCAGAAGCAGAUGACAGUUCAACUGACGAAGACUUAAGUACUAGCUUUGCAGAAAACCAAUCCAAACAAAUGGAUUCGAUUGAGCAGGACGCCAUCACAUUAGAUACAUUGCUGCCUCCAAUGGAACAGGUUUAUGGUUGCAAAAUUACUAAUGCCAGCAAAGAAAAUAUGCAAAUAUAUAAGAAAUAUGUUCAAAUGGGAAAAUUGUGUAAUGGUGGCACGACAUCACUCAGUGCAACACCUCGUGAUACGGAUGUAAACAAACUUAUGAAAAAUAUUAAUUUACAGCCACUCGGUAAUUAUGGCAAUGAUUCCUAUUUGUCCGUAAAACCACCAACUGUUGACUUAAAGAGUAAACGUAUCUAUGAAGAAUACUGUAAGAUACCGCGAAACUUCAAUACUGUUCCAGUGUUCGAGGAGUCUGGUGCAUUAUAUCGUUAUGUACAAAUGCUUUAAGCUUAGUUCCUUAUUAUUUUAAAUCUAUACAAUACAAUGUAUUUAAAAAGUAUUCCUAAGAGCUCGAUUAUGUUGAUUAUCUACUUGUAUACAUAUAUAUUAUUCUUCCAAUCUAUAAAUGUAUGAUUGGCUGUGAUAUAAUAAAGAGAACAAAAUUAAAAA